AUCCCGGGCGGUCCCGGGUGAGCGGCCACCGCCGAGGGAGCCGGGGAAACUCCGCCCUCUCCGCCCACCGCCUGCGCCCAACUUCUCCGGCUCCGCCAACUCCAGCCGCCCGCGGGACCCCGCACCGGGACCCCCGCACCGGGGAGCGUCCGGCCCCAGCCCACCCCCGGAGGGCACCGGCCGCCUUGUGGCCCGGCUGAGCUCCGCUUCUCCUCGUCCGCCCCGGCGAUUUCUCCCCGAGCAGCUGCCAAGGAAAGGAAAAGAUGAAGUCUCUGUUUUUCCUGUUUCUUGCCAUCUCUUCUGUAGUCAGCACAAAUUUGAAGUUGGUGUCAAAAAGAAAUUCGGUGGAUGGCUGCAUUGACUGGUCAGUGGAUCUCAAGACAUACAUGGCUUUGGCAGGCGAACCUGUCCGAGUGAAAUGUGCUCUUUUCUACAGCUACAUCAGGACUAACUAUAGCAUGGCCCAGAGCACAGGAUUGAGGCUCAUGUGGUACAAAAACAAAGGUGAUUUGGAAGAACCCAUUAUAUUUUCUGAAGUGAGAAUGAGCAAAGAUGAAGAUUCAAUAUGGUUUCAUUCAGCUGAGCUGCAAGAUAGUGGAUUCUACACAUGUGUUCUCCGAAACUCAACAUAUUGCAUGAAGGUGUCAAUGUCCUUGACAGUGGCUGAGAAUGAAUCAGGACUGUGCUACAAUAGUCGAAUCCGAUAUUUGGAAAAGUCAGAAGUCACUAAAAGAAAAGAGAUCUCCUGCCCUGACAUUGAGGAGUAUAAAACAUCAAAUGAAGAACCAAACGUUGUUUGGUACAAGGAAUGCAUGCCAAAAAUGUGGAGAAGCAUAAUAAUGCAGAAAGGAAAUGCUCUUCUAAUACAAGAGGUUCAAGAGGAAGAUGGAGGAAAUUACACAUGUGAAUUAAAAUAUGAAGGAAAACUAAUACGCCGAACAACUGAAUUGAAAGUUACAGCUUUACUCACAGACAAACCUCCUAAGCCACUGUUCCCCAUGGAGAACCAGCCAAGUGUUAUAGAUGUCCAGCUGGGCAAACCGCUGAAUAUUCCCUGCAAAGCAUUCUUUGGGUUUAGUGGAGAAUCAGGCCCUAUGAUCUACUGGAUGAAAGGGGAGAAGUUUAUUGAAGAACUGGAAGGUCACAUUAGAGAAGGUGAAAUAAGACUUCUCAAAGAGCACCUUGGAGAAAAAGAAGUGGAAUUAACGUUAACUUUUGAUGCCGUUCAGGAGGCAGAUUUGGCUAAUUAUACAUGCCAUGUGGAAAACCGAAAUGGUCGUAAACACGCUAGUGUUCUACUGCGCAAAAAAGAUUUGAUCUACAAAAUAGAACUUGCAGGAGGGCUGGGAGCCAUCCUGCUCCUACUUAUCUUGCUUGUGACCAUCUAUAAAUGCUACAAUAUAGAACUGAUGCUCUUCUACAGACAGAAUUUUGGAGGUGAUGAGGCUGCAGAUGACAACAAGGAAUAUGAUGCCUAUCUCUCAUACACAAAAGUGGAUCCAGACACCUUGGAUUGUGACAAUAAUGAAGAAGAGCAAUUUGCACUUGAGAUACUACCGGAUGUCCUGGAAAAACAUUACGGUUAUAAACUCUUCAUUCCAGACAGGGACCUGAUUCCCAGUGGAACGUACAUUGAAGAUCUCACAAGAUGUGUUGAGCAAAGCAGAAGACUUAUUAUCGUGCUAACUCCAGACUAUGUUCUCAGGAGAGGAUGGAGUAUUUUUGAGCUGGAAAACAGACUCCAUAACAUGCUAGUCAGUGGAGGAAUCAAAGUUAUUUUCAUUGAGUGUACAGAAUUAAAAGGGAAAGUGAAUUACCACGAAGUGGAAUCGUUAAAGCACAGCAUCAAACUUCUGUCAUUGGUCAAGUGGAAAGGACCAAAAAGCAGCAAAUUGAAUUCUAAGUUUUGGAAGCACUUAGUCUAUGAAAUGCCUGCCAAGAAAAAAGAGGUAUUAUCUCGCCGCCAAGUCCUGGACUCUGCAGAGCAGGGGCUUUUUGGAGAUUUGCAAACUGUACCUUCCAUUGCUGUGACAGGCACGUCUGCCUCUGCAGUGGCAUCUCAAUCAGAUUUAUCUGACUUUCGCCCAACAGAUUCAUUGCAAAGGCGCCAUUAUUGCCGAGGUUAUGACUAUGAAAUGCCAACAGCACCCUUGCAAGUAGCUUCCAUAGGUAAUCACCACACGUACUGUAACAUACCUUUGACGCUACUAAAUGGACAACUACCUCUUAAUAAUGCUGUGAAGGAUACCCAGGAAUUUCAUAGGAACAGUCCUUUGCUGCCUUUGUCGUCAAAGGAGCUUAGCUUCACCAGUGAUAUUUGGUAGUGGCGAUCACAAUUCCCACUGCUAUAGGAGCAUCCUGAAGACCUGUUUUUACCGAGCGCUAAACCUAAAUGAUAGGGGUGCCAAAAAGUCUUUGGAGAAAAAGGCACAGUAACUCGCUUUUGUACUUGAAUGUUUUUGUUUACAUUUGCCAACUCUUUAAAAAAGGAGACCUUCUUUUGUAGUUCAGUAUCUAGUUUAGAUGUAUAGUUUGGUUUCUGGAAAAUAAUGAAAAAAAUGCACACAUUGUUUUAGAGUAGAUUUGAAUAGCUCAUACAUUAUAGAAGAUAUUAGAUGAUCUAGUAGACCCAUAUUUACCAACUUAGAAUUUCUGUGUUUAUGCAGAAUUUAAGAUAAGGAAAACUAGAGACUUUAGUACAGUUUGCAGGGCCUAAAGAUAUAUUCAAAACAUUUUAUAGAGCAAACAAAAUGAGUACUCUUCUGAAGAAUUGGUAGGAUAACCCAUUUGUAGCUCUGUUAAACAUUUGUAGAGGAAAGUAGUAAGAAAAAUAUGAAUGAAGAAUCAGUAGUUUCUUCAAAUGUGGGCACAGUUACCAGAGAACAAUUCAAAAACUCAUGUCACCAUAAAUCAGUUUUGUUCACAAAGUGCAUCUUAUUCAGAUCAGGAUCAGCAGGUGACUAAACAAUGUUUUUUUCUGUUAACAGUAUGCUUAGCUCCUUUAGGAUACUAUUAAAUAGAUCUAGUGUUGUACUAGAUGAUUUCACAUUUUUUUCCAUUUUAAUGCAUUUUUAAACACUGGAGCACAUGUUUUAUCAUUUGUUAAAUCAUGUUUGCAUUUUCUCUUGUGAUCUCUUGACCUGUUGUAUGAUCUUUACAGUAAUGCAUUUUUUUUUGUAAUUCAUUUCAGCCUCAGUGGAGCUGCAGUUUAAAUACACACUCGACUGAUCAAGUUAGCAGUAGAAAAGAAGUAAUAGAACAGUAUUCACAAGCUAAAUACUAAACUAUUCAAGUUUUCUAGAAGUAGGACAGAAAAUGCCAUGAUCAUCAUCAGAAAUGUAACUAAGACAUAGAUUACACUGGGCUCCACAAGAUCUACCUGCCAGUGUGUGAUGACCCCUGAAGGAAUCUGUCUCUUCUUGGUGUCUGCAUUUGUAAAAUGAUCGUAGACUGAAAGGACAAGUUUUAAAGUGUCCUUAAGAAGGAAGUCUGCCAAUAUUCAAAAGUCUGCUUAGUCUAUUGCUUUCUGAUAAUAUUAAGUUAAUGAAAUUCACUCCCUCCACCCUUCUGACUGAAAUGCAAGAACAGUAGUCAUCUAGGUUAACUCUGGUACUUUGCAAAUGACCCUUAAAGUAUAAAUCAGAAGGGGCAAAAUGAGCACAAGGUUAAAAUUGAAAAUUACAGAAUUAUGUGAAUGCCCAGUGGUCAUAAACAUGAACUCAAACUUGUAGUAAGUCAAAAGCUUACAUACCCAUUGUUUUUUCUUUCAACCUUCCCCACUAUUUAUCAGUUGUUAAGCAUCAGUUCUGUUUGAAGGUCCCAUACUUCUCUUGUUUUCCGAUAUACAUACAGUGAAUGCACUAUUCACGAACACAAAACACAGAAGCUUAGACUCAAUAUGCAUUUAUUUCACUGUGGGAUGGUCAUUUCCUCCUGAAAUGUUAGGCUCAACAUGUUUAGAUGUUUCAUAUAAAUAUUUCUUUUCUAUUGAGAAAGGUGAUUUUACCUCCAUUAUGAUUUCAUGUAUUUCAAAACUGAAAUUUACAAAAUCUGCACUGUUCUAUAUGUUGCAAAAAUUGUGUUUACACUGGUUAUGUUCUUUAAUGCAAAGUGUAACUAAAAGAUACCUGCAUGACGUGAGUUGCAUAUGUUUAAGUGAAUAGUUGUACUUUCCGUUACUUUUCUUUUUACAUUAUUCUAAGUCUGGUUAAUUCACCUAGAGUGUUCAGUGAGAAUUUGAAACUAGUAGUUCUGUAUUGAGCAUGCAAAUUCCUAAAACAUAAUGCAGGUCUCUCUGCUUCCUUUAUUUCCAAUAAUUAAACAUGGGUAGUAAUUUGAGUUGACUGGCAACAAUGUGUUGUUUUAGCACAAUAGUAGAUCUUCGCAUCAGAAGAGUCAGGACUGAGGUUCACCGACGUUUUGGAUGACAGACCCCGUCAGCAGAUCCUCAGUAAAAGAACGUUCAGACCGGUACUGGGUAACUGGAAGAGAACAGUUUAUGAUAUCUGAUUCUGUGGCUUACUGUGGGAACUGAAUUUAGGAAAUUUGUAGUUCAGGAUUAAAACUGUAAAGUUCUAAUAUUGA